GCAGGUUCCUUGGAGAACGUUGAUGGUUUAAAAUACCAGCCCACAGCGGAGCCCUCAAACAAACCGGGAGCAGAUCAGAGCCUUAUUUGUCUAAAGACGAGACACAGCAGGUGUUUGAGCUGAGUGACCCAUCAUGGCUCAUCCACCAAAAAGGAACCAAGAAAGCAGCGGAGGGCAAACGGGAUCUCGCUGCGAGAGGGGAGCAGGAGCAGAGGGCGGAUUAGAAACACCACCAAGAGGAAGACGUUCGGGCUGGAAGCAGCUGAACCAGAAAGUUUAAGGCGCAGGCUAAAUCUGUGAGGAAGUAAAGGCUUUGCUGUAACAACUCGGCGCAGAUCAGCUCAACAGUACUAACAUGGCAGCAGAGCUCCUCCAGGCCACUGGGGGCAGAGUGGAGCACAUGGGAAAGAUGAUGCAGGUGUCAGAGAUGCGCGUGUCUUCUUCUUCUUCUUCUUCAUCCGGCUUCACCUCAUCCAUGACCUCCACCAAGCUGCGAAAAGUGGUUCAAGGCCUGACCAAGACUGUGGAUGAGCACUACGAGGUCCAACGCAAAACCUCAGCUGUAGUGGAGUCCUUCAGCCAGGUACAGAAAUCCACAGAGGUCCCAGAGGGAGAGUCUGUCCCAGAUUUCGAGGAGAAACCACGUCCCAUCACUACCCAAGAGGGUGACAACGCUGUAUUCAAGGCCAAAGUGACGGGGAAUCCACAGCCCACAGUCACCUGGGAACGGGACAGUGGGUGUCCACUGGGUGACGCAACUAAAUCCUUCUGUGACAACAUCAACAAUCAGCACAUACUGAAGAUCAAAAACCUGACCCUGGAGGAUGCCGAUGUCUACAAGUGCAUCGCCUCCAACAAGCAUGGAGAAGCCACCUUCUCCGUAUCCCUCGUUGUGACCGAGAAUCCAGCGAUGGACUUCAAAAAGAAGCUGAAGAAAUGCAGCGUGGAGAAGAGAGAGGAGAAGAAGCCACCCACCGAGGAGGAGAUGCUGAAGAUCCUGGCUGGAGCUGACAAGAGGGACUACGAGAGGAUCUGCGCCGAGAACAGCUUCACCGACUUCAGAGGCAUCCUCAAGAAGCUGAAGGAGAUGAAGAAGAAAGAGGAGGUGGAGAUGGUGCGUGUGUUGAAGCCACUGGAGGACAUCACUGCCAAAGCUGGUAAUGACGUUAUCUUCGACACCAUCAUGGAACUGAAGGACCCAAACAUCAGGAUGCAGUGGUUUCUGGGCGCAGAGCUGCUGCGGAUCCAGUACUCUCACGGGAAAUACGAAGUAAAACAGAUGGGAACAAAGCACAUGUUGUGCAUCUCUAGUGUGAGCCUCAGUGACAUGGGCACUUACAGUCUGCAGGUUGGGGACAGGAGAAUCUCAGCCAGGCUCAACGUCAUAGAUGAACCUCUUAAAUUCUUGUCUGACUUUAAGCCGAAGAAAGUGACGGAGCGUCAGACUGCUGUGUUUGAGGUGCGUCUUUCUAAGAAGACGGAUGCACCGCUCAUCUGGAAGGUUAAGGGAAAGGAAGUAAAGAGGGAUGAAAAGUUCGACGUGUCUCUGUCGGAGGAUGGUCUGACCUACAUCUUAAAGAUUAAGGAUGUGAAAGUCAGCGACACCGGAGACUACACCAUCAGCGUCGGGGACCUUAGUGCCACUGUGCCACUUUUCAUUGAAAGGAUUCCCAUCCGUUUCACCAGCCACCUGAAGAACGUCCGUGUGCAGGAGAGAGCCAAGGCCCGUCUGGAGUGCGAGGUGAGCUCCAAGGACGUGCACGUCCGCUGGCUGAAGGAUGGGCGUGACAUCACAGCGGGCCGCCGCUACGUCUUCGCGCGCGAGGGAAAGAGGGCGGAGGUCAUCAUCGAGGACUGUCAGCUGGAGGACGAGGGGCAAUACUCGGUCAUCUGCACUCAGGACAACGACGCGCACGAAUAUGUGUCCUCUGCCUUUCUGACCGUGAAUGAGCGUUUUGCCUCGGUGAAGAGCGGCAUGUCAGAUGCUCAGUGUCCCACAGGAUCCCCGACAGAGCUGUGCGUUGUUCUCGAUGAUGAAAAGGUGGAUGGGGUGUGGCUGAAGGAUGGAGUGGAGAUUUUGGAGCCGAGCGGCGUUCAGGUGGUUAAACAGGGAGCCGUCCACAAGCUAAUCUUCUCUGGUGUGAAUGAGUCCCACGAGGGCAAGUACACCUUCAGAGCCAAGGGAGCAGAGAGCGAGGCCGUCCUCUCCAUCGCUGACCCCCCAGAGAUUGACUCGUCUGUGUUGGACUUGCUGGGGGCCCAGCCCGUGACCGUGAAGGCAGGCCACACAGCCACCAUUAAGAUCCCCUUCAAAGGCAAACCCCCUCCCAGAGUGGCCUGGUACAAGGACGGAGUGGAGGUGGUGGAGGACGAGAGGACCAAGCUGGAGCGCACGGCCGACGGCGCCUCGCUGGUGCUCAGCAGAUGCGUGCGAGAAGACAGUGGCGCGGUUAUGCUUCGUCUCAAGAGUGACUGUGGCACCGCGGUUGCUAAUCUGCAUCUGAACGUGGUCGACCAUCCAAAGCCUCCUCAGGGGAAAGUUGAGUUCCUGGAGCUGUCGGGAAAGUGCAUCAAGAUGAAGUGGAAGGCUCCCCGGGACAACGGGGGGAAGCAGGUGACCAGCUUCUUGGUGGAGCGGCGUGCGGCAGGUAAGAAGUCCUGGAACCGGGCUGGAGAGGUGGACAGCAGCACGACAACCUUCAGCGACGACAAAGUGGAGGAGGGCCAGGCCUACCAGUAUCGCAUCAGAGCCGUUAAUACGGAGGGAAUGAGUGAGCCUCUGGAGACGGAGGAGGUCUGUGCUGGAGAGCCCAUAGAGCCUCCGGGAACAGCGUCCCAGCCUCAGGUGUCUAACGUCACUAAGAGCACCAUGACAGUGAGUUGGACACGUCCCACCCACGAUGGAGGAGCUCCGGUUCUGGGCUACAACCUGGAGAGGAGGAAGAAAGGCAGCAACAUGUGGCUGCAGGUCAACAAGGAGCUGCUCACAGAUACCAGCUUCCUGGUGGACGGGUUGGUGGAUGAUGUGGAGUACGAGUUCAGAGUGACAGGUGUGAACAGGGCAGGUGCAGGCAGUCCCAGCACCGUCUCUAAUUCUGUGCUCGCUAAAGACCCAAUACGAGCUCCUGGCCCGGUGAGGAACCUGUGUGUGUCCGACUCCUCAAACUCCUCCGUUUCCCUGAGGUGGACCCCUCCCGAUGAAGGAGACGAGCCCUCAGGUUACAUCUUAGAGGUUCGGCCGGAAGGCGCUAAGGAGUGGACGAAAGCCGCUAAGAUUCCCAUCGCUGGUACUGGCUUCACAGUGAUGGGGCUUCAGGAGAGGAUGAGGUACCACUUCCGCAUUCGGGCCGUCAAUGAAGGAGGGGUCGGGGAAUCCAUGGAGCUGGCGGAGGGUGUAUUGGCCAUGCCUCCACCUGUCCCACCCAGGUUCGAUCUCCAGGGAAAACUCAAGAACCGCGUGGUCGUCCGAGCUGGAACGGCACUUUGUCUUCACCUCAGCUUCUCUGCCUCCCCUCCCCCUGUGGUGAGCUGGUUCAAGGACGGCGUCCUCACCACGGGAAGAGAGGUCAUCACCAAGAGCAAGAAUCACUCGCAGUUCCUGAUUUCCACCUCUCAGCGAGGCGACUCUGGCGUCUACCGUGCUCACCUGAAGAACGACUACGGAGAGGCUCACUAUGACGUCAGUGUCAGGGUUACAGACUUUCCUCGACCCCCGAAGAACCUCCGCCUGGAUGAAGAGGUCCCGGGCACAGUGACCCUGCUAUGGGAUCAUACCCCGGACCUGGCCGACGACGAUGACGGGGCGCAUUAUGUCAUCCUGAAACGAGACGCGAGCACCGCCUCCUGGUUCACCGUGGCUGAGUGCGUCUUCAGCAGCAAGUACACCGUCACCGGACUCCUUCCAGGGAGGAAGUACUUCUUCAGGGUUGUUGCGCAGAACUCCAUCGGUGACAGCGACCCCUUAGACUCCAAGGAGCCCGUCAGCAUCGCCAAGGAGCAAAAGUGCAUCAGCAGCCUUCAGAUGAAGGAGUAUGCAUCGUCACCACGUCAGGUGAAGCCUACUUUCCUGCUGCCGCUGAAGGACCAUGCCGUCCACAAAGGGCACGACUGCACCAUGAGCUGUGCCUACCAGGGGCUGCCGACACCACAGGCCUGCUGGUAUAAAGGUGACUCGAAGAUCUCCGCGUCCUCUCGGUUUUGGCACAGCACGGCGAACGGCGUGUGCACCCUGGUGAUCCCGUCCUGCGGAGCCAAAGACAGCGGGAAGUACACGCUGGUGCUGGAGAACCCCCUUGGGACGGCCAGGUGCUCCUGCAACCUGGUGAUAUACGAUAAGGAUGACAAGACUCUGCUGGAGACUCUCACCAAUCAGGGAAACAGAGAGAAGUUUAUUCUAUAAGGAGUCUGCUAGAACUGUUCCCAUAAAAAAAAUGAUAAAUGAUGUGCUUUAGUUAGAACGUAAAUCCUGACUGACUCCUGAUUUCUGUUUUGAUUGAUUUCCGUUUGUGCUGUUUGUUGUUUGCUUCACUCAGUUUUCAGUUUUCGUGGUCCUGGUUAAUACAUCCAAUGAACACUGGAGGUCAGACUUGCACGCUUCACUGUUUGGUGUGUUGGAGGCAGAAAUGGUGACUCCUCAGUUUGCUCUAAUUCUCUGUAUGCUUUUCUCCAUAAAGAAAUCUGAAUUGAUUUAUUUUUUCUC